UGCCUUAGAGACAGGCAGGAUGAGGUAACAGGAAGCACCAGACCAAUGAGUCCUCUCAACAGAGUAUCUCUCACUGCUGCCCCAUUUGAUACAUCUUCGUUAAGCUGGCCUAAGUUCAUGCCAGUAUCUGUGUUAUACACACAUUGUGGAACCAGUGUGAAGAACGGGGUGCGUUUUAGGUGCUUGAAAAGCAAGGGACCCAACCUCCAGUGGGAUCCUCAGAUUGCUUUCCGAGCUGUCUAGUUGGUGAGAAGCUUCCCUGGGGGAAGAUGCAAUCUCCUUUGGCUGGUGGGUCCCUGAGGUCAAACUGGACAAGGAUGGGGAACCAUAGAACAGGGAGGGGGGCAAUGAAAAGAUGCAGGACUUGGGCGCCCCGGAGCUGCACCGGCUGGCCCUUGAACGGCCAGGCACUUCCUGAGGCAUGGCCCUGUCCAGGUGCGGGAGAGGCUUGGGUCAGCUCAGCUACUCUGGAUGCUUCCUUGUGCCCCUGCGGGUGAGAGGUGGUUGCUAAUUGGUAUCUCAUUGUGAAGACAGGUGCAGGAGGUGAUCUUUUUUUAUGUCAGCUCCCUCCUGGGGCCCAGAGAGGGAAGUUGGCCUUUUUUUCCCCCCCCACAGGCCACUUGAGGAUUCCCAGGGGAUGUAGCAAGGGAGGCUGGGCAGAACCAGGCCUUAAUGGAUUGGUGAGAGAGCCCAAUUCACUAAUCCAUCCAUCUUUGGAAGAGGGGAACACUUCACCAGCCUUUUUACACAGGGUCCCUACCUUUCUCGAUGACCCCACUUCCUCCAGCGGUGGGCGCUGGGUUUAAUCCCAGCAGUUUUUACUCAGCAGCUGACCAGUUUUCCAGAAACCACUUUUUAUUUUGGUCAACGUAAUAACUCUUAGGAAACCGCAACUCAGGUGAUCCAAAUCACACAGACCGGUCUAUUCUCCCCCUACUGGCUGCCUAUGCAGUCGGGUCGACCUCGAGAACUGGCCCCAGUCAAAAGCGGCACCUCCUGGUCUGCCAGUCCCUUCCUGCCUUAGGCAGCUCCUCCCAGAAGCCUUUUUUGUAGGGCAAACUGCCUUCCCUCAGUAAGGUAGGGCCUUUGGAUCCAAGGUUGCAGUUUAAAGACCACCCCAGCUUUGUUGAAUACAGUUUUAAAUCCCGCCCCAGGCGGAUAACACCAGGGCUCAGCCGCAGGAAUGAAAAAGUGGGGUGGGAGGGUUGCAAAGGUUACGUGGGGCUUGGAGGCCCUGUGCCAUGCCCGGACUAAAAAUGUUCUACGAGUCUCUUAACGCUCAUCUCCGUGCCCCCUUACCCACCAGGGCCCACGGAGGUCUGAAGCUUUCGGCCUCAGUGAGCGGACUGGGUGCGCUCACAACCUGGAGGCCGAGAUGAGAUGUUCCUCGGUGUGAAGUGGCGGUGACUACCCCAGCACUUUACGUUCCCCGCGCGGGCGACGAAACAGGCUCUCGAGGGGAGAGAGCCGUGCGUCCUCUGGGCCGUGAGGCCGGGGGAAGAGGGUUCCUCUAGACGGCUCGUCGUGCCCGGGAGAGACACCCGCGCGGAACCUGCAGGCUGGGGCGCUCCACCAGCACGAAGCUCUGACCCCGCACUUGCCGCAGCUCUGGUCCCGUGGUAGGCGGGGUGGGCGGGCCGGCAAAUCCGCGGCUCCUGCGUCUAUUGGCCUGCUCGGGGCAGCGCAGCUCCGCAUUGGCCAGGCCCUCGCUCCGCCCGGCUUCCGCGCGCCCAUUGGUCGCAGGCUCCCGACCGGGUCGCGGCCGCGCGCUCCGCCCGCCGCUGCGUCCCCACUAUGGCGGCGCCCAUGCAGCCCACCGCGUCGUGGGCGCCCGCCGGGGUCCCCCGCGGCUGUCGCCGCCGCCUCCGCCGCCGCCUCCGCCUUCCUGCCCCGCGUCGGGCCGGGCGCCACCUUCCCCCUGCCUCCCUCUCCGCUGUGGUCAUUUAAGAAAUCGUAAAUCAUGUGAAGAUGGGACUCUUGGUAUUUGUGCGCAAUCUGCUGCUAGCCCUCUGCCUCUUUCUGGUACUGGGAUUUUUGUAUUAUUCUGCGUGGAAGCUACACUUACUCCAGUGGGAGGAGGACUCCAAUUCAGUGGUUCUUUCCUUUGACUCCGCUGGACAAGCACUAGGCUCAGAGUAUGAUCGGUUGGGCUUCCUCCUGAAUCUGGACUCUAAACUGCCUGCUGAGUUAGCCACCAAGUACGCAAACUUUUCAGAGGGAGCUUGCAAGCCUGGCUAUGCCUCAGCCUUGAUGACGGCCAUCUUCCCCCGGUUCUCCAAGCCAGCACCCAUGUUCCUGGAUGACUCCUUUCGCAAGUGGGCUAGAAUCCGGGAGUUUGUGCCGCCUUUUGGGAUCAAAGGUCAAGACAAUCUGAUCAAAGCCAUCUUGUCAGUCACCAAAGAGUACCGCCUGACCCCUGCCUUGGACAGCCUCCGCUGCCGCCGCUGCAUCAUCGUGGGCAAUGGAGGCGUUCUUGCCAACAAGUCUCUGGGGUCACGAAUUGACGACUAUGACAUUGUGGUGAGACUGAACUCAGCACCAGUGAAAGGCUUUGAGAAGGAUGUGGGCAGCAAAACGACACUGCGCAUCACCUACCCCGAGGGCGCCAUGCAGCGGCCUGAGCAGUACGAGCGCGAUUCUCUCUUUGUCCUCGCUGGCUUCAAGUGGCAGGACUUUAAGUGGUUGAAAUAUAUCGUCUACAAGGAGAGAGUGAGUGCAUCGGAUGGCUUCUGGAAAUCUGUGGCCACUCGAGUGCCCAAGGAGCCCCCUGAGAUUCGAAUCCUCAACCCAUAUUUCAUCCAGGAGGCUGCCUUCACCCUCAUUGGCCUGCCCUUCAACAAUGGCCUCAUGGGCCGGGGGAACAUCCCUACCCUUGGCAGUGUGGCAGUGACCAUGGCACUACACGGCUGUGACGAGGUGGCAGUUGCAGGAUUUGGCUAUGACAUGAGCACACCCAACGCACCCCUGCACUACUAUGAGACCGUUCGCAUGGCAGCCAUCAAAGAGUCCUGGACGCACAAUAUCCAGCGAGAGAAAGAGUUUCUGCGGAAGCUGGUGAAAGCUCGCGUCAUCACUGAUCUAAGCAGUGGCAUCUGAGUGGGUCCAGCACACGGCCAUAGAGGCCCAGGCACCACCUACACAGGGGUCUUCAGACACAGAGAAGGACAGUGCCAAGGGCCCCAGGGGCAGCAAGGCCUUGGUGGAGCAGCCGGAGCUGUGCCUGCUCAGCAGCCAGUCUCAGAGACCAGCACUCAGCCUCAUUCAGCAUGGGUCCUUGAUGCCAGACGGCCAGCAGGCUCCUGGCUGUGCCCAGCAGACCCAGCAUGCAGGCAGGGGGACACUGGGCAGCAAGGCUGCUGCCAGAAUCACUUCUCCAAUCAGUGUUUGGUGUAUUAUCAUUUUGUGAAUUUGGGUAGGGGGGAGGGUAGGGAUAAUUUAUUUUUAAAUAAGGUUGGAGAUCUCAAGUUGGGUCCACUUGCCAUGCAGGAAGAGGCCCACUAGAGGGCCCAUCAGGCAGUGUUACCAGUUAGCUCCCUGUGGGGCAGGAGUGCCAUGACCAGCCUGUACCUUGCUCUGGGGCUACAGGGUGGUGGGCAGGAUCUCAAGCCAGCCCCCUCCAGCUCAUGACACUGUUUGGCCUUUCUUGGGGGAGAAGAUGGGGUAUUCCCACUCACCAGCCCUAGCUGUCCCAUAGGGAAACCCUGGAGCCGUCCCUUUGGAGCCAACAAGACCGCCCCAGGGCUACAGCAGAACUUUAAAGCUCAGGAGGGUGACGCCUGGCUUGGCCUGCUGGGAAGAGCUCCCCUCCACAGCCGCGGCUGAUCCGCAGGACUACCGCAGGCCUGGACUCACCAACUUGCCACAUGGUCUAGGUUUCAGCAACAAGACUGCCAGGUGGUUGGAUUCUGCCUUUAGCCUGGACCAGAGGGAAGUGAGGCCCAAGGACCUUACCUAAGCUGUGGCAGCCGUCCCAGGCCACCCCCGUGGAAGCAAUAAAGCUCUUCCCCGA